GUUCCAACUACCACCUACCCCUUUUUCCCCUCCAACAAACAAUUUUAAUGAAACCAUCAAUUCAUUUGCCUCUCCACCCCACCCCUUCCCUUGCCCUUAAUCCCACCCCCCGCCUAUGGUAAGGUCCUCCUCAACCCCCCCUAUCCCGUUUCCUUUCCCCUUUUCCUGAACACCACCCCCCCCCCCGGGCCCUGCUGGCUCUCCACCGCCCGAUUUUAUUGUGGCUUACCCCAAACACUCUCUCGCUCGGGGAAUAACCAUCACCCACCACCUUUCUCCUUGUGGAGGUUGCCAUCCCUCCACCUAAGAAGCCACAAAAGGAUACCCAACCAACAGUUCUCCCACAUUUAUGCAAUACUAGCAAGCAAAAGCUAGCCUCACAAAGAAGCCUAAAGCUUUUCCUUCUCAUUCUCUUAUUAUUAUUAUUAUUAAUAAACCCAGAGCCUAGCUUGGAGUAAGUGGUACUACUUUCUUCUUGCGCUGACAAAAAUGGGAGGUGCGUGGGCGGCGAGAUCGGCGGUGGCGCUGGUCGGUCGAGUGGUGAACGACGUCGUGAGCUUCGUCGUGUUCACCAUUUUGGAUUUGCUUGAUGUAAUGCUGUGUCUCGUUUAUAAGGUGGUGGACUACGCCAUGGAGGCCGAGUGGAAGCCCUGCUACUGCUCCUCCUCCCCCAGGGACAUGAUCAACGGCAGCGGCCAGAUUCUCGUGUCGGAGAAUGGCGGCUCGAAGGUAGUUCGCCUCUCCUCCACCAAGCUCCAGCUGGAGGACAUCUCCGACACCUUAUUCUCCCGGCCGUCCCUCGUCUCCGAGGUCUCCCGGACGACGGUGCGCGAGCUCCGACGGAUUAAAAUGGAGCGAGGAAGAAACCGGCGUCCUGUGGCGGCCUUACGGGGCGCAGCCGGUGUUAGAUCUGCGUCGUCGAACACCACGACGUUCACCAUCAACUCCACCAUAAUCCAGAUGCUCCAGGGAAAGAUCGGCGGCCACACGUCGUACCCCGUGCCACGGUGGUCCGACUGCGACUGCCCGACUUGCACCUCCUGGAGCUCCCCCUCCGGCUCCCACGACUCCCUUCUCUACGCCCACGUCGACGGCCCCAAAGAUGGAGGGGUGGCGGAGGAGGACGUGCUGUUCAUACACGGGUUCAUAUCGUCGUCGGCGUUCUGGACGGAGACGGUGUUCCCGAACUUCUCCGACGAGGCGAGGGAGCGGUACCGGCUGAUCGCGGUGGACCUGCUGGGGUUCGGGCGGAGCCCCAAGCCGGCUGACUCGCUGUACACGUUAAGAGAGCACGUGGAGAUGAUCGAGCGUUCGGUGCUGGAGCGCUACAAGGUCCGGUCCUUCCACAUUGUCGCCCACUCCCUCGGCUCCAUCCUCGCCCUCGCCCUCGCCGUCAAGUACCCCGGCGCGGUCAAAUCCCUCACCCUCCUCGCCCCGCCUUACUUUCCGGUGCCCAAGGGGGAGAAAGGGACGCAGUUCGUGCUGCGGCGGGUGGCGCCGCGGCGGGUGUGGCCGGCGCUAGCGUUCGGGGCGUCGGUGGCGUGCUGGUACGAGCACAUCAGCCGGACGGUGUGCCUGCUGGUGUGUAAGAACCACCGGCUGUGGGAGAUAGCCUUCAAGUUCGUCACCCGCAACAGGAUUAGGACCUUCUUGAUGGAAGGCUUCUUCUGCCACACCCAUAAUGCUGCAUGGCACACGCUACACAACAUCAUAUGUGGAAGUGCUGGUAAACUUGAUGGUUAUCUUGAUGCAGUGAGAGAUCAGCUUAGCUGCGAUGUGACAGUGAUCCAUGGGAGGAACGACGAGGUGCUUCCACUUAGUUGUAGUUAUGAUGUCCAGUGCAAGAUUCCUCGAGCUCAUGUCAAGAUUGUUGAAAACGAGGAUCACAUCACCAUUGUCGUUGGCCGGCAGAAGGCUUUUGCCCGAGAGCUUGAGGAGAUAUGGAAGAACACAAGACGCUGAGAAUGUGUUCGAAGAGAGUCCAAAAAAAAAUUGUGAAGAAGAACUCAUGAUAAAGAUGGAAAAGAUAAAAGUU